UAGGGAAAGAGCGCGGAGAGGACGAGAGACGGCGAGCGAGAAGCAGAAAGAGAAAGAGAGAGAGUUGGAGAGAAAAGGGGAAAAAAGAAGCAGCACUCGGCUUUGCCAGCGGUCGUAUGCGCUCGUCCAACAUUGAUUCGGCUCUCUAUUUUUUUUUUUCUUCCCCAUUCUGCUCUCCCUGGCCCCCCCAUCUGUGUGAGAGUGUGUGAGUGUGUGUGAGUCUUGCGCCGGGCCCAGGGAUCAGAACAGACACCACCACCACUUACACUUUGCCAAGGAUUUUUUUUUUUUUUUUUGUCAAGGUUCAUUUUUUUUAAUUUUUUUGGAAAGCACAAAGGACUGUUUAUUUUAAGUGCGUUGUUGAAGUUGUUUUUUUCUAACACCGUGCAAUACUGUUUCUAUUUUUACUUGACAAUAUUUGUUGCUACAAGUUUUUAUCUGUCUUUUUUUUGUAUUUUUUGGCUUUUGUGUAAUGAGCUGCUGGCCGUGGUCCUACUGCAAUCCGUCCUAAAAAACAAUGUUGUUUUGGUUUUAAACUUUGGCCCACUGUUUUUAGUGAGCAGCAUAUUCUGCUAAUUAUUAUUUUUUUUUUACAACCCCACAAGUUUUUUUUCAUCUACUUAUUCUCCAGCCAAACCAGCGCUCGCUUUACAUUGGGGAGCGCGGGAGGAAAAAAAAAAAAACUGGUGCAGGAGAUUUUUUUUUCACUUUAAACGCUGUGCCAAAUUUAUGAUGAGAGUGCAAAAUGGAUGAAUUUCAUCCCUUCAUUGAGGCCCUCCUCCCCCAUGUCCGUGCCUUCUCCUACACCUGGUUCAACCUGCAGGCCCGCAAGCGCAAGUACUUCAAGAAGCACGAAAAGAGGAUGACCAAGGACGAAGAGCGCGCGGUGAAGGACGAGCUGCUCGGCGAGAAGCCGGAGAUCAAGCAGAAGUGGGCCUCGCGCCUGCUGGCCAAGCUCCGCAAGGACAUCCGGCCGGAGUUCCGCGAGGACUUUGUGCUCACCAUCACGGGGAAGAAGCCCCCCUGCUGCGUGCUGUCCAACCCCGACCAGAAGGGCAAGAUCCGCCGCAUUGAUUGCCUCCGCCAGGCCGACAAGGUGUGGCGGCUGGACCUGGUGAUGGUCAUCCUGUUCAAGGGCAGCCCCCUGGAGAGCACGGACGGCGAGCGGCUGGUCAAGUCGCCCCAGUGCUCCAACCACGGCCUGUGUGUCCAGCCGCACCACAUUGGAGUGGCGGUCAAGGAGCUGGACCUCUACCUGGCCUACUUCGUCCACUCACCAGAACAAUCGGGACAAUCAGACAUCUCAAACCAGCAAGGAGACACAGACGUCAAGCCCCCACCAAAUGGCCACUUGAGUUUCCAGGACUGCUUUGUGACUUCAGGGGUGUGGAACGUAGCCGAGCUGGUCCGCGUGUCGCAGACCCCAGUGGCAACAGCGACCGGCCCCAACUUCUCCCUGGCUGACCUGGACAGCCCCGGCUACUACAACAUCAACCAGGUGACCCUGGGACGGCGCUCCAUCACCUCCACCCCCUCCACCAGGACUGAAAUGGAGCUUUAUGCAAGUCUCCCACGGAGGUACUCCAACAAGCGCAAGUCCAUUGACGACAGCGAGAUGGAGAGCCCGGUGGACGAUGUCUUCUACUCGGGCCGCUCCCCAGCGGCUGGCAGCAGCUCCCAGUCCAGCGGUUGGCCUAAUGAUGUGGAUGCAGUGCAGCACCAUUUGGCCAGUGUGCAGGAGAGGAAGAUUAAGCAUGAGAGCGAUGGAGUGCAGUUUCCUUACCAUGGACUCUCAUCGCCUGGUUCUCUUAAGAAGCCGGGGAAAUUCGAUUUCAGCGCCCUGUCCUCCCAGACGAGGUCCCCCCGCAUGGCGUUCACCCACCACCCACUGCCAAUGCUGGCGGGAGUGAGACCAGAAAUGUCUCUGUUGGCAGGGAGUCCCCGUGCUUCAGCCUCGGCCUUGCACUUCCCGUCUCCCUCCAUCAUCCAGCAGUCUAGCCCCUACUUCACCCACCCAACCAUCCGCUACCACCACCACCCUGGACAGGACCCCCUGAAGGAAUUUGUGCAGUUUGUCUGUGCCGAUGGCUCGGGGCAGGCCUCCGGACAGCCAAACGGGAGCGGCCAGAGCAAAAUGCCAGGCUCCUUCUUGCUGCCUCCACCUCCCCCAGUGGCCCGCCCAGUGCCCCUCCCUAUGCCCGACUCUAAACCCAACAGCACGCCCCCUGACGGCGGACUCUCCUCGCCCGCAUCUCCGUCAUACUCCACGCCAGGCGCCACAGCUCCCAACAGGUUUGUCGGCAUCGGAUCACGGGACAACAACUUUCUGAACAUCCCGCAGCAGACGCAGUCUUGGUUCCUCUGACAAGAUCUGUGUACCAACCAGCAACUAGAAUUCUUUCUUUACAAUCGGAAAUAGAAAAAACAGAGAAACAACCCGCAGGACACUAACGGUCCUCCAACCACCCCCACCAACCGGCCCUGACAGUACGUCUCACCUGAUACAAAAUAUAACCAAGCAACGCAGGUAAACUGCAGCAGCAUGGCGCUUUUAGAGGAACUCUGGACUCAUUUAUCCAGUCAGAGGGAGGACCCGUUCCGAGCAAAAAAGAUGGAUCGACGGAAAAAUGAAUGGACGGACGAGAGGAUGCCAGGAUAGAGAAAGGAAAGGGGUAAGGGGACAAAACGGCAGCGAGCAGGUCUCUCCUGAAACCACUGAACCAGCACAACACGGCAGCAACGCAGGAGGAACCUGAGGAGGGAGACGCGGUGUCCUACUUCGCGAGGACGCAUCGUGUAAUGAAUGGUUAAAAGAAAAAUCAACUGUCCAACAACAAAAAAAAUCAGGUUCCCACAACACAGAUGUAACAUUAAAGCUACGCCCGCAACGAAUCCACAGCAAAGCAAAGACACUAUUAGGUUUCCAACGUGCGCUGCAGUCCAUGCUCCUGUGAUGUCUGUCAUCACCCAAAACACAAAUUGACCAAUGUUUCUCUCCCUCUGAACAACCAUUGACUUUACCCUACUACUAACUAGAGAGAGACCAUGCCAAAACAUAUCUUGAUUAAGGGUUGCACCAAGACGCUGAAUCAAUUAACACUAAUCUUAUCGAUGUGCACUAUUUACCUACAAGGCAUGGUAGGUGAACCAGACUUGCCUAUUGAGAGUUUUAAAGAGGAAGGUACAAGAAGCCUUCACAUGUCCUCGACCCCCAUCGUUCAGUUUGACCAAUCAUUGGCCUCAGCUCAUUCUCACAUCCCCCACCCCCCAGCCCCGCGCGCACAACACGCACUCCCACAAUCUGUGCCAUGACCACAGCGUGUGUGUGUGUACAAUUGAGAACACACACAGUUGCCCCAGUUAGAUGCUAGUAUUCAUAGGUGGUGGUGUUGUGUUGGAUAUGCACACACAGGAAGCCCAGUGGACUCUCUCUACCUAUUUGAUUAGAUCUUCAAACAUCACACACAAAGUGUGAGUACAUCAUUACUGACAGCUCUCACGACUAUAGACAGCAGCUAUUGGUUCCCCCCUUUGCCCUCUUGUAAUGUAGAUGAAUGAUUUUAUUAUCUCUUGUGUGUUCUCUUAUUUGAAUUUAUUCCUUUUUGGAUUUGUACUAUUUUAUAAUUGUUUUUUAUUUGAAUGACAGCACCUUAUAGAGAAACACAGUGGGAUGUUGAGGCGGUGUAGACAGGGUGGUUAGCUGACCUGGAUCAAAUAGUACAUGCAAAAACUUCAAGACUUAAAAGGUUUGAUUUUUUGGGGGAAAAUGCGCUUAUUCGCUAUUUUUAACGAGAGUUAGACGAGAAGAUCGAUACCACUCUCGAGUCUGUACGUGAAAUAUGAAGCUACGGCGAGCAACCGGUUAGCUUAGCUUAGCAUAAAGGCUGGAAAUGGGGAAAAUCAACUAGCAUGCCACUGCUGGAGCCCGCUGCGUUUGAACGCAGCAUUAAGGCCUUUGCACACCGGGGGCGUGAUAAAUAAAUGACACCAAAAAUGCGAAAUACUUGCCUGCGAAUAUCGUAUGUCUCAAGCUUUUAUUGUGAAAAGUAAGAACGGAAAGAGUAGAUCUGGUCUGCGCGUCCUUUGUCGAGGUUGAAAGGAGUAAUAAAGGUUCGGACUACGGAGCCUCCGUGUUGUUGUUUUAUAAAUAUCGGCGCAACUCAACCUGACGUGCGUAACAUGACCCCCGGUGCGUAAAGGCCUUAAGUGGUGCUAGAAAGCAGAUUAAAUUCCCUUUGGACAGAGCCAGGCUAGCCAUUUCCUCCAUCUCCAGUCUUUGUGCUAAGCUAAUGGUGCGUUCCAUUUGAACUGGGAAGUCAGAAUUUCCGAGUUUCCAGUCGGAAGUCGGCUUCUGAGGUCAUCUUUUACAACAGUAAAAAAAGCUGUAGCAAUAUACUUUUUAUAGCACUUGUGUCUUAUUUGUGUCUCAUUAAAUCAGUCGUACACACAGUCCUGUCCAACGUCUAUCUGUGGACAUGUUGCUACGGUGUUUGUAUGCGCAAAAUAUCGGCGUAAUGCGUCGUUAUCAGCUGGUAUUGCUAAUAACGGCUAAUCUGGUUGGAGCCAACCCCAUUCAUUUUCCCAACUUGAACUGGUAUGCGGUCAACUCGGGUGUGACGUCAUUCCUAGCUCCGACUUCCGAACGCAGCAUAAGCUAACCGACUGCUAACGAUAGCUUCAUCUUUAAAGGACGGACACUAGAGGGGUGUCGAUCUUCUUGUGUAACUCUUGGCAAAAAAAAAAAAAGCGAUUAAGCGUCUUUUUCACGAUGUCAAACUGGUUCUCAUUUGCCGCAUACUUUAUAUGGAAGACCACACAAUUGCAGGAUUUUGACAAUCACAGGAAAUUUAUUUUCUGGGGAACUUACCUGCAAAAAGCAAAAACAAACUAGCCCCAGCUACUAUUAGGCCCGAGUCCAGCUGCUGCUGCUGGUGGUGGUGGUAUAUGAGUGAUAGAAGAAAUACAGAACCAAGGAGGGAAGGUUGCUGAAGAUGGGACCCAGAGUAAAAAAGAGAGUAGCUCUUCUUACUGUCUCCCUAAAGUUUACCCUGUUGUUUACACUCCCAGACGGGCCGCUGCUCCAAGAGCAGAGGGGGCCACACUGUGGAGCAAAAUGAAUAUGUGACAUAUCUGGCUGUUUGUGGAGAGGGAACGAGGGCCUCUAAGGCUAGCAGUAGGACGAUCACCCGUGUGCCCAUUUUUGUUUUUGGCGCACAGGAUCAGGUAGAGGAUAUCGGUUGCUAUGGUAAUCCCCCCCACCCCAACACACACACAUACACACCAGCACUCCCCCUAGCUAUUGUGAAUCGAUGAGCCCUUGAUGAACAAAACUGCACUAAAACAAUCAUACCAGCCAACCUUGUGAGUUGUCAUACAGUAGAUGGACCACCACUCAGUGUUUGGAGUCAGUGGAUGGAAACGCACCCGUAGAGCACAGAUCGCCACUCGUUAAACACUUCUAAAGACCACUCACUAAACACGUCCCCACCCCCGCGCCCGCCUGAAAUCAAAAGGGAAGUCUUAAAAAUAGACAAUCUGAGGAGGCCUUUAUGCUUUUAAUCGUUUUAUACCAUUUGCCCGCACACAUUCUGACCGAUUCAGUUAUUUCCUAGUUCAAAGUUCAAAUCACCCAAACCUCACUAAAUAACUGGACUGCCUGGCCAUGUUCUUCACUGCAGGGAAACACAACAUAGUUGGCCAAACGGAAUGGCGACCAUCUCACCGGCUCGGCAGAGAGAACCGGCUCUGCCGACGUUAACGACGGCUAAAGUGAUUUUUUUUUCUAAUCUAUGGAAGUGCCUCUGUAUUCCCAUUAUGCAAUUUGUCAAACAUGAAUUCAGGUUCUUUUUUCUCACAUAUAAGCUAUAGUGAAUGGUGAAAAACAUUUAUGUCAGGAGAGAAGGGGGGGAAAACAGCUCACUAGAUAAUCGCAAGCAUCUUUAUAUAUAAUACACAUAUAUAUUUAUAGAUAUAUACAUUUUUUUUAUUUGCAAGAUAAGCUCUGUGGCAGUCUAGUUAUUUUUUGAAGCAUGGCGUACAUCACACAGUCAUAGGACGCAUCUCCGCUGAUUAGAGCUGAAACCUCUAAACCCACAUUGAAUGACGUUAAAAGCAGACCCACGGCAAACACAACAAUAGAUACAUAGACGCUGAUGAUGAUGUAGUUGAGGAUAAAAAAACAAACAGAUUAGGUUUUGUUGUUUUCUUUCUUGUUUUGAUGGGAAGUAUUGUUCUUGAAACUAAAUGAUGUAUGUCGAUUGAGCCAUGUGCAAUGCCUUGGUAGAGGAAUUGUGUUUGUUUGUUAGCGAUUGUUUGAGGGUGUCACGAGAAAAGAGGGAAGAACCCCUCUACGUUUUUUUGUUUUGUUUUUCAAGUCCGCAUGCUCCGGGACUCUAAAUACAAGGGCAGCGAUAAAAAAAAAAAAAUAUCCCAGUCUUUGUAAGUAAGUUUGGGGAAAUUGUUUCUAAUUUUUUUUUUUGUUGUUUUGUUUUCCUUUUAUCGCUUUUUAUUUUUUAAAGAAAAAACUUCAUUUCUAAUGAUUUGUUUUUCAAAAUGUGGGAGGGCUGAAGGAACAAUUUUGCAAACUCAUAAAAUAUAUAUCACUAUGAAACCUGGUGCUUUCGUAAAGAAUAAAGUACAUUCAAUCUCUAUUAUACAUAAAUAAUAAUAAACAAAAUUAAGUGUUAUCAUAAAAGCAAAUUUUUAGGAAAACAUGCAUUAUUCUAUUUCUCUUUUUGUAUUUACCGAGGGGGGAGGGGUUCAUUGUAUGAAAAGGUUGUUGUGACAAAAGGCAUUUUUCCCCCCCAACCUUUACACCAUAGCAGAGGAACAGUCGUAGGGAAAAAAACAAAACGAUCAUCUUGUGUCCAACACAAGUGACCCUCGUGUGGGACAAAGACAAGAUCUUCCCCAAUUUGGGAGAUGCACAAUUAUGGAUUCAAAGAAAGAUAAAGGUGAAUGAUAUCUGGUUUGUUGUUUGGUGUAAACGUCUCGUUGGUUCAUGGAGAGGGAAUGAGCGGCCUCUGUCUGGUCAGAGCGGCGCUGCUGUCAUCAAUUCAAAUGAACCCCCCCCCCCCCCCCCCCACCCGAAUCCCCAUCUCCCACUGUAAAUGAUUAUAAAUAUUUGUUUGGUGAUGUAGUGUUAUAGACUCAGAGCAUCUUAAAGGUUGUCCCUAAAAAGUGCCUUUUGUUCACAGAUUCCAUCUUGUAAUCCUGAGUGCCCAUCUCGAAAGAAAAAAAAAAAAAACGUCCCCUCCUUCAUACUUCUAUAUCUUUCUCUUCCUCUUCUUGGAGCUUUUUAAAGCAGUAUACAUAGUACUAAAGGAAAUUGGUGUGAUUUAGUUCCUCUUUUUAUUGUUGAAUAAUUAAGAAAAGCAUAAAAAAAAGAAGAAAAAAAAUAUUUCUGUCUUGCUUCUCUUCCUCUGUAUCUUGUCUUCUGUCUAUCUUGGACACUGGAGUAGUCUGUAGCCGCGUAACCCUCUCCUCCCCCCCCCCUCCCUUUUCUCCCUUUCUCUGAAUGGCGGGGUUUUAAAAAAAGAAAAAGAAAAAAAAAAGAAUACGCAAAGAUUUUUUUUUCCGUCUGAGCAGAAUGCAGUUAGCUCACAUGUUAUUCUUGUCUGUACGCUUCACAUUGUAUUACCAUACCCAUCUUCUUCAGCUUCUCCAUUCAACAGCUAAUGUAAGUGAACAAGUUACACCACAGGGCUCUGGGCUGUGCUGAGGUCAGGGGUCGGGUCGGAGCAAAGAAAUAGUUCCCCCCCCUUGGAGGCAGUCGUGAUGCAUGACCCAUGGUGGAGGGAGAAAAGCACUCAUGGGAAUGUUUGGUUUUGGACUGAAGCGAGGGAGGUGACCAGUAGGAUUGCUAGUGUAGGCAGGUUUGUUUCUAAUCCUUGUUUCUAUCUAUUUAUUUUUUUUAUAAUUGAAUUUGGAUUUGAUUUUUUUUUUUUCGUCAUUGUUGCUACGUAUCUUAGGCAGCAGGAAGACGCUGCAUUGAGACCUUCAAUUAUGCACCUUUCUAGUGGUUGAAUGAGACCAGCUUUUUUUUUUUUUUUUUUUUAAAGGAAAAUAAUGACUUGAAGCACCUUAUAAGCGGACCGGUUCCACGGCACGGAGACUGAACGGCUCAGAUUUAGCACAAUCAUAAAGAGAUGUUCCACGUUGAUUCACCGCCAUCCUAAACUGCAGUGUUUGAUUGACACGUCGACCAAAGUGAUAAUGGUUCCAAAAGCUGUACGAAACUAGUGACUUCUAGAGAAAAGCACCGGGAAAUUCCACCAGCAAAAUCGAGCGGUUACACAAUUUUUGUCCUGCGAGAAAAAAAAAAAAAAAAUGAUAUAUGCAACUUUUUAUUUUUUCUUCACCAAGCAAACGAAGCCAGCAGCAGUAUUAUCAAUGAAGCCUUUGACAAGUGAACGCGCCACAGUUGAGAAGCCAUAUCGGAGACGAACAGGUUGCGUGGGGCAGUGUGUGUGUGAGUGUGUGUGUGUGUUUGCUUUGUUGAGGGAGGGUGUCUACAGCGUCUGCCCCCGCACCGCUCAAAGAGCCCAGUCGGACCCCGUGGCCGAACCGGACGCUGUUUUCUUUUCGUUUUUCUUUGUUUUGAAGACGUUUGUAGGACGCUGGGCCGUGUUUAGAGUAGACUGAGCCCCCUGGCCAGCCUCCCCCCUCGCCUCGUUCCUGUAACCCCUCCCACCACGAGUGCUCCUCCUCCUCCUUCUCCUCCUCCCCCCUCAGACACGCCCCCCAGAGCCCAUGGUGAAAUGCAUGUGUUAAUUACAGUUUCUUUUCCAUAAUAAUAAUAAAAAACAGUUUGAAAAGAGCAACACCUUUACUUGAUUGAAUAAAAGGAUGUUCUUGACUGUA